AAAUAGGAACCUGGGAGAGCCCUGAAGUGAGCGGGGAGCAGCCUCUGCCCCGGACGUUCCACACGUCCUCAGCAGCCGUAGGAGGGUGUCUGUACGUGUUCGGAGGGGGAGAGAAAGGAGCAGAACCGGUCAAAGACCAGCGGCUUCAUGUGUUUGACACAGCCACCCUGACCUGGUCCCAGGCAGAUACUGACGGUGACCCCCCUUCUCCUCGGCACGGACACAUCGUGGUUGCUGUUGGGACCAAACUCUUCAUCCACGGAGGUUUAGCUGGGGACGUUUUUUACAACGACCUGUUCUUCAUCGAUACAACUGACAUGAAGUGGGUUAAGAUACCAGCCACUGGUGACAUCCCGGGAGGACGAGCAUCCCACUCAUCAGCUGUGUUUAAAGACCACUUGUACAUUUUUGGUGGAAUAGGUCCAGAGGGGACACUGGACACCACGUACAAGUAUCACACAGAGAAGCAGCAGUGGACACUUCUACAGUUUGAAUCCCCUCUGCCUGCUGGGAGGCUGGACCACGCCAUGUGUGUCAUUCCCUGGUGGGCUGGGAAGAGUGAAAACACAGGAGCUGCCACUGGGGAAGCCACAGCUGGUUCCCUGCUGAAGAGCCAGGAUGAGGGGCAUGCUGGGGACACAGUUGUGCAUCUGCUGUUGGUAUUUGGUGGGAUGGACACCCAGGGGGAGAUAUACAGGGACUGCAUCGUCAGUCUGAUCGAAUAG